AUGGCAGACCAACCAUCGAUUACUAGCAUUCUUGCUGCUUUAGCUGCGCAACGACCUAACCCAGCUCCGAAUCAAGGCCAACAACCAGCAGCUUAUCAACCUCCUCCACAACAAUCGAAUCCAUAUGCACCCCAAGGUGGAUACUCCCUGCCACAACCCACGAAUUCCGGCAGUCUCGAUCUGAGCAGCAUAAAGCCCGUAAAUUCUGGAACUGUCAGUCUUACAGACGCUAUCGCAAAAGCAAAAGCCAUUGCUGCCGAGAAAGGAGUAUAUGACCGACCUCCUCCUUCCUAUGGUGCACAGGAUCCUCGAAUGGCAGGCGGACGACCAUACAGAACUUCGAGAUCUCGCUCUCGAUCACCACCCCCCGCGCGCCGCGAUGCGUUCCGCGACAACUUCAAUCCCUACAGAGACGAGCGACGAGGUGACCGUCCACCAGUUGCGCGGGAUUACCGUGAUCGGUCCUUCUCUCCUGGUCCUAGAGGUAGAGGACCUCCUGGUACCUUCUCACCUGUACAAGGCGGCGGUUAUCCCCCACGUGCACGAACGCCACCCAGGGCCGCUGAUGACACCUUUGAGUCUCUCAGAAUCGAGUCAGCUCUUGUUGGCUUGAUCAUUGGAAGACAAGGUGAAAAUCUUCGACGUGUUGAGGCCGAGACCGGUUGUAGAGUUCAAUUCAUUACUGGUCAAGACGACAAUAGCCCGUACCGUGAAUGUAAGAUCACGGGUAGCAGGGCGAAUCGUGCCAAAGCCGUGAACGAGAUUCAUCGUAUCAUCGAUGAUAGUGGUAUGGCUGCUAAUGCACGUGCUGCUGCUGAGCGUGCUCGAGAAAACCCUCCGGGACGUGCUUCCUCGCAUCAACCUGCUUUGAGAGAUGGUGAAGACAGCAUGCAAAUCAUGGUACCAGAUAGAACAGUUGGCCUGAUCAUCGGCCGUGGUGGUGAGACCAUUCGUGAUUUGCAAGACCGCAGUGGUUGCCAUGUGAACAUUGUUGGUGAGCAAAAGAGUGUCAAUGGGCUUCGUCCUGUCAACCUCAUUGGCUCCAGGGAAGCUGCAUCACGAGCCAAGGAGAUGAUCAUGGAGAUUGUAGAGAGUGACAGCAAAGGUGGUGUGGAUAAGCCGCGUGCACAACCACAAAAGGACACAUCCAGAGAUGCUGGUUAUGGUGCUAGCGGUCACGGUGGAGGUGACAGUAUCAACGACUCGGUUUUCGUACCUUCCGAAGCAGUGGGAAUGAUCAUUGGCAAGGGAGGCGAAACCAUUAAAGAUAUCCAAAGUACCACAGGAUGUAAGAUCAACGUCUCUCCCAAGCAAGCUGGUGAGACGGAUCGUGAAAUUGGGCUGGUCGGCACCCGGGAUGCAAUAGCUGCGGCAAAGCGUGCAAUCGAAGAUAAGGUUGAAGCAGUGGCAGCAAAGAACGGCGGUGGUCGCGGUGGAGGUGGAGGUGGAGGCGGAGGCGGAGCUGGACGAAACCAAAACGACUAUUCGGACAGGUCCUACUCCCAAACUGCUUAUUCUCAACCACAACAAAGCCAAGCACCUGCUCAGGCUGUCCCGGCAGCUGGUGCUGAUGACCCUUACGCAGCAUAUGGUGGAUAUCAAAAUUAUGUGGCUUUGUGGUAUCAAGCACUUGCUCAACAACAAGGAGGCCCAUCUCAAGGAGAUCCUUCGAAACCGCCCGGAACCUCGUAA